AUGGUGGCAAAGUCAAGUCUACAUCUAAACGUUAUUCCACACUAUGACCGUUUCAGAGAAAACAUGCCGAGCCACUUCAAGUUUAAGGAAUACUGCCCGAUGGUUUUCCGGAACCUGCGGGAGAGGUUUGGCAUCGACGAUCAGGAUUUCCAGAAUUCCUUGACGAGGAGCGCACCCCUUCCCAACGACUCCCAGGCACGCAGCGGGGCUCGAUUCCACACUUCCUAUGACAAGAGAUACAUCAUCAAGACCAUCACAAGUGAAGAUGUGGCUGAAAUGCACAACAUCCUGAAGAAAUACCACCAGGGCUCCACGGUGGCUAGAGAAGCUAGCGACAAGGAAAAGGCCAAAGAGCUACCGACCUUAAAGGAUAAUGACUUCAUUAACGAGGGCCAGAAGAUUUAUAUUGACGACAACAACAAAAAGGCCUUCCUGGAAAAACUGAAAAAGGAUGUCGAGUUUCUUGCCCAGUUGAAGCUCAUGGACUACAGCCUGCUGGUGGGAAUCCAUGAUGUGGAGCGAGCCGAGCAGGAGGAGGUGGAGUGUGAGGAGAACGACGGGGAAGAGGAGGGGGAGAGCGACGGCACCCACCCCGUGGGAACCCCUCCGGACAGUCCUGGAAACACGCUCAACAGCUCACCGCCUUUGGCCCCGGGGGAGUUUGAUCCGAACAUUGACGUUUAUGGGAUUAAAUGCCAUGAAAACUCGCCCAGGAAAGAGGUGUACUUUAUGGCAAUUAUUGACAUUUUGACUCAUUAUGAUGCAAAAAAGAAAGCUGCCCACGCUGCAAAAACUGUUAAACAUGGCGCUGGUGCAGAGAUCUCGACCGUGAACCCAGAACAGUAUUCAAAGCGCUUUUUGGACUUUAUUGGCCACAUCUUGACGUAACCUCCCACAUGACCUUGGACGGACAUGAGCAUGGGAAGGACAGAGGUGGCUUCGGCGUAAGAAAAAUGAAAACCAAACUCAGUGAAGCACACCUCCUCGUUUACAUCUUCGGGCCAAGAUGACUGAUUUGGAGGCUACUCGCUUUAACAGCUACCUGAUAUUUCCCAGCAUCGUUCUAGCUAUUUCUGACACGUGUGUGUGUGUGUGUGUGUGUGUGUGUGCGUGUCUUAAAAAUUAAUUAAUGAAAACUGAUCAGCUUCAGUCAGGGUGUGUUUGGGCAACAACCCUCUGAUUCCAGCUGUGGACGAAUGAAUGAAUGAAUGAGCACAUGCGGGGGGAGGGGAUGAAGGAAAUGCAUGUCAGACCAACCAUGUUGGCAUCACACGAUAAACUGUGGAUCAGUUUAUUUUUUGGAGUUGAAAGAUGUGACAGUAUUCAUAAUAAUAAUGAAGAUAAUAAUAAUGAUAAUAAUGAUGGUGAUUAAAAGAAAAAACUUACUGCGAAUGUUACAUUUCUACCACGCACGCUGACGCUCCUUAACAGCUGUGCCCCAGGCCCCUGGCACCAGGCGGGGGCGUGCCCUGCUUCAGGGUUCCGCCUCCACACGGUGUCCGGCGGGGGGCCCCCCGGGGUCCGGGAACAAAUGCCCCUCCUCCAGCAAGAAGCUGAUGCCCCUAGUGACUCUUACCUGUACAUUUUUCACCUCAGUAAGUAUGUCCAGGAAAACUGCUUACUUCUCUUUUCUUGCCUGGAGCUUCUUCACUGUUACACUCUUAUGUUGCAAUAUAGGAAUUUAUGCUACAAAAUAAAAAUAAAGCUUACCUGAAAAGUGCAUAGUUUCGGGCAAUGGUAUCUACAUCUCCUACUGUGGGAAGGUGAGCAAAGCAUUAGAACUCUGAACUCUCCUGUUAACGAUGGAUGGCAGAUCUAAAUUAGAAGAUGUUUAUGUUUGACCAUUGUUUAAACAGUGGUAUUUUGUUAUGAAUUAUCCCUUUAACUGAAACCCUCAAUUUUACUGUUUACAUUAUUAGGAAAACAGGGAUAUUUUUGAAUCUAAAAAUUUAAUGUACAGCAUGUGAUUUUUGAAGUUUACAUGUAAAGUCAUUUUACAGUGUAGGUGAAAUAAUGUUUGUCAUAUUUUGAAAUGUACCCUGCAGUCAUGUUUUUGGGUGAGUGUUUUAUUCAAAGUACACGGUAGGCAGUCUUCUACAAUGGAAGUAAAAGGUGGUUUUGUUUCCUCCAGAUGUACAUUUAUCAACCCGAUGAUUUUUUUUUUUUUAAUGUUUAACCCAAAUCUGGUUAUGUAAGUUCAUUGCCCUAAACUGUGCUGUGUUUUAAUCAGUUUAUAAAUUUUCAACAUCGAUCAUGUAUUUACCAACUUUCUGGCAUUUUCUGAAAGGCGUCAAGCUAAAAUAUUAGACUUGCGUAGAGUAGGUUAUCAACUUAUACACUGUGCUAAAGCUGUGCCUUUGAAAUUCUUUGUUUGAAACAUGAGAUGAUUUUUGUAGGCAGUUUCAGAAAAGAAAAAAAAAAAAAA